AUGUCUCUGGACAUCAACUGGGACCUCCUCAGUCCCACAGACCACCUCCAAGACUCCCUCAUCACCCUCCUCAACGCCCACCUCGCAAACGCUGCACGCCCCUCCUUCAUCGGCCCCGUCACCGUCACUGCAUUCGACUUUGGCACCGCCGCUCCAGAUCUCGAGAUUAGAGAUAUCCGCGAUGUCUGGCGGGUGUUUGACCAGGGGGAUGAAGAGGGAGACCUUAUAGAGGAGGAGAAGCAGAAAGAAAAGGAGAGGAAGGAGAGAGAGAGGCUGAAGAGUGAAGCUCUCAAAAGUUCGCUGGACGGGGAAAAGUACGAGAUGGUCGACUACUACAGUCCAACCUCGGAGGGAGGAGAGUCUUACGACGAGCAAUUCGAGUACGACCUCGAACAGCAGCUCGAAGCUGAAGAACGAGCUCGACAGCGAGGCCGCCGGCCCAACUCGUACGCUCCCACAAGCUACCCCGACCGCCCCGCCGUCCACCGCUCCAUGUCUGCCCGUUCCUUCAUACCCUACCCAUUCGACCACCCCGUCCCCACCCCAUACCUCCCCUCCACCCCAGGGCUCAACCCCUCACUCUUCUCACACCCACUGUCUGUGCGGCGUAACCCCCUGUCUGCCUCGCAGAGCGUCGCCCCCAUACCUUCUCGCCGGCGGCUGCCCAUCGCCCCUUCAUCCACCCCUCCCUCCCCGCCUGCCCACCCCGCAGGUCUCCCACCAUCCAAACCAGCCUCCUCCGUCCCCUCUCUGCAACUCCACCUCCACCUCUCCCACACAUCCGACCUCCACCUCACCCUCCUCACUUCUCUACAAGUCAACUACCCGUCCCAGCUGUUUAUGGCAUUGCCCCUGAAGAUAUCUAUCACCGGGUUCCAUAUCGAUGCUGGUGUGGUGUUGGCGUUUAAUGGGGAGAAGAAUAGGGUGCAUCUGACUGUUGUCGAUGGGGAGAGCGGGCAGGGGCCGAUGGACGGUAUGGGUGGGGAAGACAAGAAUCUGUCUAUAGGCCAGAGACUACUGCCCAAUCUGCAGAUAGAGUCAGAGAUAGGACAUGCGGAUGCCCAUGUGCUGAGGAAUGUGGGCAAGGUGGAGAGGUUCAUUUUGGAUGUGGUGAGAAAGACGAUGGUGGAUGAGUUGGUGUUUCCCAACUUUCAUACAGUGGCGUUGUAG